AUGCCGGAAUUGCGAUCACGACACGGCUGUUCAACAUGCCGUAGAAGACGACGAAAGUGUGACGAGGCUAGACAUAGCUGCCAUUUCUGUCGACAACGUCGGGUCAGGUGUGAAUACGAUCAGCCGUUGCGAUGGUCCACUAUCGCCACGACCGACAAAGGUAACCUUGGCGUCGAUGUCCAGGAUAAUGGCACUAGCAGAAACCGGACAUCGCGCAGACGUCGGCAACAUGAUGGGAGUUCUGAGAUUAAUACUCAACGACGCAAGGGCCCACAGCCUCGAGCAGCGAGAGAGCCACGAGAAGUCGGACAGCUACCACUCGCCUCUGAGCAGCAGCGAGUCGCGGCCCAAGAGCCCCUCUACAGUCCACAGAGCGCAUCAACUGUUACCAUCUCGGGGCAAGGCCCUCGAACAAUAGUGGAUCACAACCAAGAAACCAUUUUUAUCACUACUCCACUGGCACUGGAUGAGCUUUACUCCCACAGAAUCAAUCGGAGUCUAACAUCGGCUAUCAACACACCAGACAUCGAGGAGAAUGCGACGGAAUCUAACGUCGCCGCUGCACCGCAGUUCAAUGCUCUAGUCCACAGCGCUAUCAAUAUAAAUGGCUACGGAGUGUGGGAACUGGAGGCUGACAAUCUGAAUCCUGAUGACAACGCUGAAGAUGAUGAAGGGAGAACUGAAACCCUCGAAUGGACCCUCGACGACGAAGAUCUAUGGGAAGGGAUUGAUCCAGACAUAUUUGCCAGUCCCAGUGAGAGGCUGGCUUUUGCAUUCUGGUUCAAAUACUUAUCCGGCGUGAUUCCAGCGUACGACUCCGCUUCCAAUCCAUACCGAAGAUUGUCAUAUAUUGCCCUGUCAUCACCAGUGCUCUUGGAUACCAUCAUAAGCCUGGCGACGGAGUAUAUGUACUGCCAUGGUCGCGCGAGGCCAGAGAUCACAAUGGAAAGGCACUCUCGCGCCCUGCAGUCGUUGCGAGAAUCUCUGGUUUCUGAUGCUUGGCUAUUACCGCCCACCAGUCCUGGUACGCCAGCCACUGGCAACAUGGCGAUCCAACCACAACAAGCUACACUGGCAGCAAUACUACUUCAGGUCGCCAAUGUCAUCUUUACUGGCGGCUCGGGUGUUGACGUGCACUUGUCCUGCGCGAUGAAUUUCUUACAUACACUGGACUAUGUCAAUCACCCUGUCAGCGAACCGAUGGCAAGACUCCUGGUGCAGCGUUUUGCCAUGAUCGACGUCAUUACUUCUAUCCUCAGGCACAGACGCCCACAUCUUCCCUCGGACUUUUGGCUCUUCAUGCCCGAUGCCCAUUACGAUCGCACAGCGCCGUCCUUUCGCGAGAUGACAGGAUGUCCCCAGCCAGUGCUGGGGUUUUUAGCGCGCCUAGCGAAUCUUGCUGCCGACCAAGUCGACCUUGAAGAGACCGUGGAAGCCGACACCCCGGACUAUUAUGAACGCCAACACGACAUCCUUCGAUUGGCAUCAACACUUGAAACCGACAUGCGCGUCUACGCACGUAGUCGUGUAACAUUGUCCUCUACAGGACGAACUCAACAGCAGAGCCAUCUCGAUGCGCUAUCGCAAUGCUUUUACUGGUCGGCACAUCUAAUAAUGCAACGAUCAGUAUACCGGGAUGCUACCUCAUCUCCACGCGUACAGCACACUGUCGAUAACAUCGUACGUUGCAUCAAGUCUAUGCCUGUUGGCUGUGGACCCGACAGCUCACUUCCCUUUCCAUUCUAUUUGUCGUCUCGCGAGGCCGUUACCGAGAGCCAUCGAGCCUGGGUACGCGAGCACAACAACCUUCUGAAGCAGUUCUACCCGGGACGUCUAAGAGAGGCUAUUCGGAACAGCCUUGAAGAGCUCUGGACAUUACUAGAUGAGAAGCGACCGGACAGAGAUCGGCUGAACACCGAGAUCGAUACCAAGAUCAGGGAUUUGGAGCGCAGGAAAGACUUUUGCUUGUUUUGA